AUGGGGAUUCGAUUUUGUGUCAACGGCAAUUUAAUUCUAAUUGAAAUCGAGGACAUUGAAGAAACAGUAGAAUGGAAAAUGAGGGAAAAAGAAAGAAAAAAGGUCUGUAGAAACUCCAUGAAAAGAGAAAGGGCAGCCACAGAGAUCCAGGCCUGGUGGCGCGGGACCCUGGUGCGCCGGACGCUGCUGCACGCAGCCCUCAGGGCCUGGAUCAUUCAGGGCUGGUGGAGGCUGACGCUGGCAAGGCUACUGGAGAGGAAGAAGCGGGCGGCCCUGAUUGCCUACGCAAAGAAAGAGCGGGCGGUGGUGAAGCUGCAGUCCUUGGUCCGCAUGUGGCGCAUCCACUGGCGAUACUGCCAGGUGCUCAAUGCCAUCUACGUCAUUCAGGGCCACUGGCAACGCCAGACCUGCCAGUCCUGUGCUUUCCUGCAUGGCCACUGUGUGGUCACAACCACUCACUUGCAGUUCCACAUUGAGAUCACCAACCCCUAA